AUGGGGUGUCGACCAUCGGGGAGCUGCUUCGCCUGCAAGGCAAGGAAAGUCAAGUGUGAUCUACAGAAGCCGUCCUGCAACCGCUGUACGGCAUUAGGAAAGGUAUGUCCUGGUUACUCGGACCCGUGGACAGCAGUCCAUCGCCAGCAGAAUGCCUCGGCGGCACGACAAGUCCAGGUGCGGGUUGCCAAACGCCUUAAAGAAAGAGGUAGCUCGACGCACUCUGUUAAUAUCAACGGGGACUCACCCGAGAGCCAAAGAGGCGACUCGUCAGAGGAAGACAACACCGUCAAAACACUACCAGCCAUGAACUGUAUCAUUCAGAGUGACUACGAAGUUUAUUCAGUAACACAUUUCCGCUCAAACUACACCUCUGCCAAAGAGAUUGCCUUUUUCGAUGUCUUGCUGGACCUAAAACCGCCAAGUGACUCCUUAGAUGUCUUUGAGGAAGUUGUCAAGGCCACAGCCUUAGCCAGCUCAUCUCUUCAACUGGGCCAGCCGGGCAUGAUAUUACGAGCGAGGCAGCACUACUCCAAAGCAAUAGUAAAACUCGGCUCAGCCCUAAAUGACCUCAACAAGGCCAAAGACGACUCAGUUGUUGUAGCACUACUUACUAUGGGUCUCUAUGAUGCUAUACUACCUGAGCAAACACCGGCAAGAAUAGCGUCGCGCUGCCGUGGAUCUCUCGCUCUUCUCAGAUACAGAGCCGAGCACGGACUUGCAACCUCACUCGACCGAUCAUCAUUGGCAUUUGUCGCUCACCUGGCUACACUGGAGACGUUCAUCGGGCAUGAAGGCCGGUCCCCCAUAUUGAUGGCCCUAACCAAAGCUGAAUGGGCCCCAGGGGGUAUAAUUGAGCCACUACUUGCUCGCACCAUAUGCUACAAAGAUGAAGUUCAAAAGAUUUUAUCGAACCCAGAUGUACACGGCGAAUCCGUUGAAUACACGACGAGCGUGUUCAAAAGGGGAAUUCGCAUCAUUCGCGAUUUGGAGGUGGCCGCCAACUACAGGAUCACAAGUCCUAGCCCCCGGAGCAUAUCCAGCGAAGAUGGGCUAGAAGACUAUACUAAUACCUUUAACAAUCUGCUGAAUCGCAAUUCGGACACGGGCAACGCGAUUGCAAAGGGGCUUUAUCUCACGGUUAGGCUUCAUAUCAUCGAGCAGAUAUUUAGCCUUCCUAUCGCCCUCGGGCAACUAACGCGAGAGCAAUUGCGCACGCUUGCUGACUUGCCGCAUGGACUUACAGCUUUGGAACAAGUCUGCGAACAGAUUCGUGUCGUUUUCGGAUUCGACGGGAGGGUUUCCGUUUGUAAAGGGCAAGGUCUUGGAUUUCAGGCAUGGUGCAUGUUCUGGCCCUUGAUUGCCACUCUGAAUUCCUCUUUCGUGGACAAACAAACAAGAUUAUGGUGCAUGGACAAGAUCUCCAUGGUGAGCCAGGCGUCAGGAUUUGGGUUGGCUAUGUAUCAGAUGGGAUGGUUUACGGGAGGGCCUACGGAAAUACCUACUACCAACUAA